AGAUGCCCUUUCGUUGCUCUCUAUCUCUCUCUAGCCUCGCGCACGCAAAAAAUCCUCCCUUUUGACUAAAACUUUCUCCGGCUAAUCCCAAUUCCGUUCACUUAUAUCUUUGUUUUAUCAUCUCUUCUUUGUCUCCCAAUUAAGGAGCUCAAAAUCACUUGUACUGAAGUGGUAUCCAUCGUUUGCUUUCAUCUAAGUAUUACUUGGAUCUUUUGUUAAAUCCUCCCUGUUUAUGUUCGCUUUUGAGGAUAAAAGGAUCAAACUUUCUGACUUUAUGUUAUUUCCCUUCUUCGAUCUUCAUCUUUCAGUUAAUUUCAUUUUCUGGGUCUGAUUCUUUUUUCUCAUCUGCUUUUUUUCUUCUACUCAAACUGAUGACUGUGGAUGUGAUCAGAUAGAGUGAUCUAUUCUAGGGUUGAUCGAAGUGGGGCUUCUCUUGACUUUUUUUUUUCAUUUCUUUUCCAAAAUCCUUGUUGUUUGGGUUUAGCUAUGGUGAUCUGAGUGCUCAUAAGGAGGUGAUGUCUUCAGGGAAAGACUCUGUUAAGGUGGUGGAGAAAUUGGGUGCUGAAAAACCUGAAAAGGGGAAGAUGUUGGGUAAAAAGAAGAAUGUUAAGAAAGAUGGAGACGAGAGUGAAAGUGGAUUUUGGUUCAGAUUCAAGCUCAUGUUUAGCUGUAUCUCUUCUAGAUCAAAAGUUGAUAGUUCCAUGAAUGCUACUACAGUUAUUGAACCUAAGCAUGUUGUUGAGAAACUUGAAGGUCAUCCAGCUCCAUCUAAAGUUAGUAGCUGUGCAGAGAGCGGUUCAUCAACACCUCUAAUCAGUGGGGAAUUGAAGUAUUCUUCUAAGCUACGAAUUUUCAUGUUUAACGACCUCAAGUUAGCCACUAGGAAUUUCAGACCAGAAUCUCUUCUUGGUGAGGGUGGGUUUGGCUGUGUUUUCAAAGGAUGGAUAGAGGAAAAUGGAACAGCACCCGUCAAGCCUGGUACUGGUCUAACUGUAGCCGUCAAAACACUGAACCCAGAUGGCCUUCAAGGUCACAAGGAGUGGCUGGCUGAGAUUAACUUUCUUGGAAACCUUGUUCAUCCAAGUCUAGUUAAAUUGGUUGGCUAUUGCAUGGAAGAAGAUCAAAGGCUGCUCGUUUACGAGUUUAUGCCUCGAGGGAGUUUGGAGAAUCAUCUUUUCAGAAGGACUUUACCUCUCCCUUGGUCUGUCAGAAUGAAAAUCGCACUUGGUGCAGCUAAAGGUCUUGCCUUUCUUCAUGAGGAAGCUGAGAAGCCUGUCAUUUAUCGAGAUUUCAAAACAUCUAAUAUCUUACUAGACGCGGUAUGUCUGAAGCUCAAGAGCUCGAUUAAGCCUAAAAGCUCUUGCCUUUAUCCUCUCUAUUCUUAUUUAUAUUGGAAACAAAUCUUUCUAUUUCAGGAAUAUAACUCAAAGCUCUCUGAUUUUGGGCUUGCAAAAGAUGCUCCAGACGAAAAAAAAUCCCAUGUAUCAACCCGAGUCAUGGGAACAUAUGGUUAUGCAGCACCAGAAUAUGUAAUGACUGGUCAUUUGACAACGAAGAGUGAUGUAUACAGCUUUGGAGUAGUUUUACUUGAAAUACUAACUGGACGAAGAUCAGUGGAUAAAAGCCGCCCCAACGGUGAACAGAACUUGGUCGAAUGGGUGAGACCUCAUCUUUUAGACAAGAAGAGGUUUUACCGACUGUUAGAUCCUCGCUUAGAGGGCCACUUCUCGAUCAAGGGUGCUCAGAAAGCCACACAAGUAGCAGCGCAAUGCCUUAACCGAGACUCCAAAGCUAGACCAAAGAUGAGUGAAGUUGUCGAAGCCUUGAAGCCUUUACCAAAUCUUAAAGACUUUGCUAGCUCUUCUUCUUCUUUCCAAACAAUGCAGCCUGUUGCCAAGAACGGUAUCAGAACACAAGGAGGAGGGUUUGUGGCGAGGAAUGGACCGCCUUUGAGGAGUUUGUCUAGCUUAAACCUGCCUCAAGGUUCACCUUAUCGCUAUGCUCGUCAAUCACCAAAGCCUAAAGGAAAAGAGCCAUGACUCAAUUAUAGGAAUUAGUUUUUCAUGUCUGACCAAGGUUUCGCGGAUUGCGGCUGGAUGUUUCAGCUUCCUGUUGCAUUGAUUCUUUCUGAUUCAAGAACGGUAUUCUCGUUUGCAGCCUUUUUAGCCAGAGCAAAAGAGAUGGUCUGUGGAAACUGAAGCUUGGCAAGUUUAGCAUGUUCGGAUCCUUGUUUGUGUUAUUUGAGUUGAUGGAACUCAAGGAAGAUAUCUUUGGUCCUCAAGGUCUAAAGAUUUUGAUUUUUAAUGUGUAGAAAUGUAAAGGUUGAGAGGGUAAAGCUCUUUUAAGGAUCAAAAACCUAUGUUGUCUGUAAAAACUUAUAUAUGUACCCUGUAAUGUAUGUACGGAUAUGCCUUUGCUUUUUUUGCUAUAACUUGGUGAAAAUAUAAAUCCCUUUA